AUGGCUUCACGGACAUCGACGGCGCUCGGGAGGACACUGCUGUCUGGAUCUUGCUCGUGCAGAGCGCCUGCACGCGUCCACCUCGCUCGCCUGCAGUCUAGCGCGGCAGCAGCAGACGCACAAUCAGCAGCAUCGACUUCCCCAGCCCCCUCUCACCGCGUCGUCGCCUCCGCCCUCCUCUCUCGACCCCCUCUCAUCCUCCCCCCGCUCUCGCCUCUCGAACGCUCUUACUACGCCUACCAGCGCCGCAUUCACCGCGCACUCGCAAAGCCAGCGAGUGUCUCACAGUCAUGGUUCUUCAAGAAGGGCACGCAGGCGGAGAAGUCGUUUGUCGAGUUUGAGAAGCGGGUCGCGAAGGAGGAGGAGCAGGGUGACCUUGAGCAGAUGAAGGCGUUCGAGAUGGCUGCUGAGGAGGUCGAGGGUGCGCCUGACUACGUGCCGCGCGAGACGGAGGCGGACAAGAAGGGCGAUGUUACGAGUCUCGAGCGGAAGGCGGACAGGACGCUGUACCUCCUCCUCAAGAAGAACCGGAAGGAGCACGCAUGGCAGUUCCCCCAAGGAGGUGUUGAGGGCGAGGAAUCGUUGCUCGAGGCGGCGAAGCGGGAAUUGCACGAGGAGACGGGCGUCAACGUUGAUGUCUGGCCGUCGGGACGAGUGCCUGCCGGUGCCUACACCUACCCUUUCCCGGCCGAACACAAGAAGAAGCACCCCGAGCACGAGGGCGCGAAGGUUUUCUUCAUGCCCAUGCGCAUCAUCCGCGGCCAAGUUGAGCCUAACAAGCAGGAGGGCAUCGUCGACUUUGCGUGGCUGACGAAGGAGGAGGUCAAGGAGAAGGUCUCGCCGGAGUAUUGGGAGGCGGUGGAGCCCAUGUUGUCCGACUACUAG